GUUCCGUUGGGCAAGCAUGCAGCUACAGUACCUUUGUUCGUUCAGCGUAGAUGAUGACAUCAAGAGGAGGCUUGGUCGGCUACCUCCAGACCUGCACACUCUCUACGACGAGCUUUACCAAUUGCUUGCCGCAGGACCGGGCGCAACUGAGGCAGCAGUUUUCAAGAACGCCUUACAAUGGCUUUUGUGCGCUCGAAGGGCAUUGAGGACUGAAGAGUUCUUGUGCGCGGUUUCAUUAGAUGUUCAACAGGGUCAGAUUGUGAGUCUGGCAUCAAAAGACCACGUGCUAAAGAUUUGCAACAACUUCGUCGUCUUUGACUCAGAGCUGGACACGUUUCGCUUUGCACAUCUGUCCGUACGCGAGUACUUGGAGCAGAAGCCCGAAUACAGCAGACCAACAACGAACGCUCUAGCAGCAGAGGUUUGUCUCUGGACUGUAAUUUCUACCAGCCCAAGUAAAGCAACCCAGAAAUUGCUUGCGGAAAUGGGCUGGCAGGCAGAAACGCUUCGAGCUGAGUUGAAGGACCUAUCCAGAUAUGCUGAUAUCUAUUGGGCUGAACACUGCAGGUUCGCAAAGGAGUUCCGAAGCUCUGGUAGGCUGAAAGCGGCACUGGAAGAUAUGCUGUUAAGCAACGGUGGCGCGAGUUCCAGCAUUGCGCUAUGGAACAAGCGGCUGGAACGGCACUUGGAAAACUAUGAUUAUCGAUAUCUCGGAAUGCCAUUGGUGGACACAAUACCAGCCACAGGCUCACUGAACUGCACUGGAUUGCUCGUUUCGUGCGCCUUCGAUUUCGUGGAGCACAUAGAGGUGGUUCUGCAAAGCCGAAUAGAAACAAUCCAGUGUGUGAAUCAACGAGGCCAUGGCCCACUGGAUAUAACAAUAGCUAAUGGGAAUUGUGCAGCUUUGGCAUUCCUGUUGACGCUGGACCAGCAGGAAACAAAAAUCACGCAGAAAAUGGUUGUCGCAGCUGCAGGGAACUACAGGAAUGGCAAGGAAGUUAUGGCACUCCUGCUUGAGCAGCGAGGAUCCGACAUUGAGAUCACGAAGGAGGUGGUUGUCGCAGCUGCAGGGAACGAGGACAAUGGUAAGGAAGUCAUGGCACUCCUGCUCGAGCAGCGAGGAUCUGACAUUGAGAUCACGAAGGAGGUGGUUGUCGCAGCUGCAGGGAACUACAGGAAUGGCAAAGAAGUCAUGGCACUUCUGCUUGAGCAGCGAGGAUCUGACAUUGAGAUCACGAAGGAGGUGGUUGUCGCAGCUGCAGGGAACUACAGGAAUGGCAAAGAAGUUAUGGCACUCCUGCUUGAGCAGCGAGGAUCUGACAUUGAGAUCACGAAGGAGGUGGUUGUCGCAGCUGCAGGGAACGAGAACAAUGGCGAGGAAGUCAUGGCACUCCUGCUUGAGCAGCGAGGAUCUGACAUUGAGAUCACGAAGGAGGUGGUUGUAUUAAUCUGUUGCAACUUUGAUAAGGAAAUCGUAGCUCUCCUGCUUAAGCAGCGAGGAUCCAACAUUGAGAUCACGAAGGAGGUGGUUGUCGCAGCUGCAGGGAACUACAGGAAUGGCAAAGAAGUUAUGGCACUCCUGCUUGAGCAGCGAGGAUCUGACAUCGAGAUUACGAAGGAAGUGGUUGCUGCAGCUGCCAACAGUGGUUAAGAGGAUGUUUUUCGCCUUCUCGAGAAGGCAAAGCGCAUUGAUUUUGACAAUGUACAAUGGUACAGUAUCGCACGACUCUAUAAUGCCGCCAAGAAUGGAGAGGUUACGACCCUUCGCCGUCUGGUUGAAGAAAAUGUCCCUUUUGAUAACCGAAACAUCUACGGAGAAACUCCUCUAUGGCAAGCAGCAUUAUCU